CCGACUAUUAGAGGGCGUAAAUCCUCUCUUUUAACACAGCGUCCAAUUCCUAAUCUCUUUCUUAUUUUUUCUCACUUCCCAACUAAUCCGAAGUGUUGAUCCGGACCAAGCAGUUAAUUAUUUGCGCAUCCUCUGUUUUGGUUUAUCACUGUAGUUCAGAAUACAUUUUUUUAAAUAUUUUUUAAGUCCGAUGUCUUUUCCCAUUUUUUUUGUAGGGGACUUUUUCUUGGUUUUAGAGUACUUGAUGAAGCUUGAUUGUUUGCUAAAGGGUAAAAAAUGAGACGGUGGUGUCUCAGCUUAUGCUUUAUCCCAACUAGAUUUUCUAAACGAGCCCACUUUCUCUCUCUGGAUUGUUUAACUACAAACACCAUGAACACCACCAAGUUUGAGUUUCGUCGAUUCCAAUCCUUUUGGUACCACUCUUCACCAGUACAUUAUUUAACGGCUGAGUCAGCAGUCGGCAUCCAUCAUGCUAAGGUGGUAAAGAGCGGCUCUUUCCAAAAUUUGAAUGUGGCUAAUCAUUUUCUAAAUGUUUCUGUGAAAUCUCAAGAUUUAAAUUAUGCACAGAAGUUGUUCAACGAAAUUUCUGAUAGAGAUGUCCGUACGUGGACAAUUCUUAUGUCGGGCUAUGCUCGAAUUGGGGUAUCUACAAUGGUGUUGGACCUCCUUAGGGAGAUGCGAAUUGAGGGUGUCCAUCCAAACCAAUUUUCGUUAUCUAUUGUUUUUAAGUGUUGUUCUAGUACAAGUGAUCUUCGAAUGGGUAUGGGAAUUCACGGGUGGAUAUUGAGAAGUGGAAUUAAUUUGGAUGUCGUGCUGGAUAACUCUAUUCUUGACUUUUAUGUGAAAUGUGGGUCCUUUGAUUAUGCAAAAACAUUAUUUUCAGUGAUGGUUGAGAGAGACACAGUGUCAUGGAAUAUAAUGGUUGGUGCAUAUUUGCACCUUGGGGACAUAGAGAAGUCUCUUGCUAUGUUCAAUAGUAUGCCCUCUAAAGAUGUUGCGAGUUGGAAUACAAUCUUAGAUGGUCUAAUGAGAAAUGGUUACGAAAGAACUGCACUGGAGCUACUAUAUGAGAUGGUGAACAAUGGUCAUGUGCUGAAUAAAGUUACUUUUUCCAUAGCAUUGGUUUUGGCUUCGUCUUUAUCCAUAAUGGAACUAGGGAGACAAAUUCAUGGCCAUGCUCUGAAGUUUGGUUUCGAGAAAGAUGGGUUUGUAAGGACUUCACUUAUAGAUAUGUAUUGCAAGUGUGGGAAAAUGGAGAAGGCAUCAGUAAUCUUCAGAAAAAGGCCUCUAGACUGUGUUGGAACACAAAACUCCAAGAUCACUUUUGGUGAACCAACAGCAGAAAUUGUUUCAUGGAGUUCAAUGGUGUCUGGGUAUGUUCAGAAUGGCGAGUUCAAAGAUGCUUUAAAAAUGUUUAUCUCUAUGGUCCAUGAACAAGUUGAGGUGGACAGGUUUACUAUCACAAGCAUUGUUUCUGCAUGUGCUGAUGCUGGAAUUUUGGAACUUGGCCGUCAGAUCCAUGCAUACAUUCAGAAGGUUGGGUACACUUUAGAUGUUUACCUCAGUUCCUCGUCAGUUUACAUGUAUGCUAAAUGUGGAAGCUUGGAUGAUGCUUGGACAAUUUUCAAGCAAACUGUCCAUCCUAAUGUUGUAUUGUGGACUGCAAUGAUUACUGGCAGUGCUUUACAUGGUCAAGGGAAGAAAGCCAUCUGGCUUUUUGAGCAAAUGGUGCAUGAGGGGAUAAAACCAAACGAGGUUACUUUUGUAGGGGUUUUAACUGCAUGCAGCCAUGCCAGGCUUCUUGAAGAAGGCUCCAAAUAUUUCAGGUUGAUGAAAGAAGUUUAUGGCAUCAAACCUGGAGUUGAACACUUCACAUGUAUGGCUGAUCUUUAUGGUCGAGCUGGUCACUUGGAUAAGGUAGAGGCGUUCAUUCAUGAAAAUGCUAUCUCUGACUUGAGUGGGGUUUGGAGAUCAUUUCUAUCUUCUUGCACACUUCACAAAAAUAUUGAGAUGGGAAAGUGGGUUUCUGAAAAACUUCUUCAGCUUGAACCAUUAGAAGCUGGACCUUAUAUUUUGUUAUCAAAUAUGUGCUCUACUAAUGAUAGAUGGGUAGAGGCAGCUAAUGUGAGGAGCUUGAUGCGACGGAGAAUGGUUAAGAAAGUCCCUGGUCAGUCUUGGAUCCAACUGAAGAAUCAAGUCCACACUUUUGUCAUGGGAGAUAGGUCGCAUCCACAAGACACAGAUAUAUAUUCAUACUUGGAUGAGCUGACUGGAAGAUUGAAGGAAAUCGGAUACUCAUCUGAUGUGAACCUGGUGAUGCAGGAUGUAGAAGAAGAACAAAGAGAAGUGCUUCUUGGUUAUCAUAGUGAAAAACUUGCACUUGUUUAUGGAAUCAUUAGCACUACUUCUGAGAUGCCAAUUCGGAUAAUGAAGAACCUCCGGGUUUGUAUUGACUGUCAUAGUUUUGUGAAGUAUACUUCUCAGCUUUUGCAUAGGGAAAUAAUUGUGAGGGAUAUUCAUCGAUUCCACCACUUUAAGAGCGGGCACUGCACUUGUGGAGAUUACUGGUGAGCAAAGCCUUAGUGUCUCAUACAUCUAAUCUUACAAGUCAUAAAUGGGAUGAUGCACUUCACUUUAUACUUAUUUAAACCCUGGAAAGCAGCUGAGCAGCAAUUUAGCAGAGAAAGAACGGAGCCCAAAUGGUCAAGCUUCCUAGUCCUCUCCUAAAUGUUGCUGUCCAGGAGGAUACUAGAGUUAAAAAGGGGGUGGGCAACGCGCAGACGAGUGAAUCACAACAGGAAUGAAGCCCAUUGGCAGACGAAGACCAACUAAAUCAGGUAGACUCGGGGUUAAAACUAAAAGCGAAGGCCAAAUAGCGGACAAUGCUGUUCUUGACAGAGACCCGUUAGUGCCAGAAAACGUCGACCUUGAGGGUGCUUUCGUGGUUUUUUGUUCAAAAUAGGGUACAAGAGGCACUAGAUGAUUUUUGGACGAUCUAGCAAAUUGCUAAUCCACAAAUUGUAGCAAUAUGGAGAGAUGAAUCCAAUAUGUUUGUUGUGGUGUAUUUGA